GAUUCCAUCUUAGUCAUGCAUUUAGUUAAGAUUUUUUGGUCCGACGUUUUCUUAUUUCAUUUGAUGCAGGGUUUUGACGCGGUGAUAGUUAUGGAUCCCGGAUUCAGUGAAAUGCACAAUAUGAUAAAUGGAUUCGGCUCUGAUGAUGAGACUCUCUUACACGGUUUUGAGCAAUCUCAUGGCCAAGUUAAUGGAUAUAAAUAUGAUGUUUCUCUAGACCCUAAUAUUGCAGAUAUCCCUUUCCUUACGUUCAGCCAGGGCCUUGAAAAUUUCACUCCAUCUUUUAGCGGGAGCUAUGAGGUGGAAUCCCCGGAUGAUCAAGAUUCUGAUCCAGUGCUAAAGUACCUAAAUCAGAUACUUAUUGAAGAAAACAUGGAUGAUAAGCCAAGCAUGUUCCAUGAUCCGCUCGCUUUACAAGCUGCUGAGAAAUCCUUAUAUGAAGUCCUUGGCCAGAAGUACCCACCUUCACCACAUCAAAAAUCUGAUUACUUUAACUGCAGUACGGAAAGCCGAGAUACCUUUUUCGGGAGUUCCAGUGAGAACACUAACAGCAGUACUAACGGCACUAAUUCCAUUGAUCCACAAUGGAUUGUUGAUCCAGGUGAAUUUCAUUCAUCGGUGGAACAGAGUCAGUUGCUGGAUACUGCUUCCAAAUCUGCUACAAAAACUAGUUCACAGUUGUCGUUUGGUUCUGUGAACAGCUUCAACGAUAAUAUCAAUAUCCAGAUGAGCUCUUUUGAAAAUACCAGCCUAAUUCCAAAUAUAUUCAGCGAUAGUGAAUCUAUCUUGCAGUUCAAGAGAGGGAUGGAAGAAGCUAGUAAAUUCCUUCCCCCAAGUAAUCAGUUGAUUAUCGACUUGGAUAAAUACACACUGCCUCCAAAAUCAGAUGAAACGACUCAUACGGUCACAGUGAAGGUAGAAAAGGAUGAGAUAGAUCACUUAACUAAUGGCUCGAGGGGAAGGAAGCAUCACCAUCCAGAGGAUGGCGAUUCAGAAAAUGUAGAGAGGAGCAGCAAGCAAUCGGCAGUUCAUGUAGAAGAUGUGGAAUUACCCGAAAUGUUUGACAAAGUCCUUCUUUUCGCUGAUGUCAAAUGUGAGCCCAUGCAUUGUAAUGUGGACACUAAAUUGCCCGGUGGAGAGGAAAAGAACUUGUUGCAAACUGUACUACCUAAUGGGUCAAAUGGAGGUCGAACUCGGGCUAAGAAGCAUGAGAAUAAUAGUGAAGUUGUGGACCUUAGGACACUUUUGAUCAGCUGUGCACAAUCUGUUGCUGCUGAUGAUCGUAGAGCGGAAUCUGUACAAUUACAGCAGAUUAGGCAGCAUGCUUCUCCCACCGGUGAUGCAUAUCAGAGGUUGGCAUAUGUAUUUGCCUAUGGUCUUGAGGCACGCUUUUCGGGCACUGGGACCCAGAUUUAUGCAUCCCUUGCAUCCAAGAAUAUUACAGCUGUUGAGAAGUUGAAAGCUUACCAGGUUUAUCUUUCGGCCUGCCCGUUCAAGCAAAUAUCAAUUAUCUUUGCAAACAAGAUGAUUAUGAAAGCAGCAUCAGAAGCAACAACACUGCAUAUUGUAGAUUUUGGUAUUCUUUAUGGUUUCCAGUGGCCUAGUCUCAUUCAGCAUCUUUCAAGGAGACCUGGUGGGCCCCCCAAGCUUCGGAUUACUGGAAUCGAGUUUCCACAACCUGGCUUUCGCCCAGCUGAAAGAGUAGAAGAGACUGGGUGCCGUUUGGCGAAAUACUGUGAACGAUUUGGUGUACCAUUUGAGUAUCAAGCCAUAGCAACACAGAACUGGGAGACCAUCAAAAUUGAGGACCUGAAGAUUGCACAUGGUGAGGUGCUUGCUGUGAACUGUCUGUAUCGAUUUGGUAGGUUGCUUGACGAGACUGUUGAAGUUGACUGUCCCAGGGAUGCAGUUCUGAACUUAAUUAGGAAAAUGAAUCCGAAUAUAUUUGUGCAUGCUGUUGGCAGUGGAUCAUAUAGUGCUCCAUUCUUCAUUACACGUUUCAGGGAGGCUCUCUUCUACUACUCAGCAUUGUUUGAUAUGUUGGAUACUACGCUACCUCGUGAUGAUCCGCACAGGAUGAAUUUUGAACAGGAAUUUUAUGGGCGCGAGAUAAUAAAUGUUAUUGCUUGCGAGGGGGCAGGAAGGGUUGAGAGACCUGAGACACACAAGCAGUGGCAAAUCCGCACUAUGAGGGCUGGAUUCAAACCCCUUCCUUUGAAUCACGAGUUUAUGAGGAAAUUAAGGAAUAAAGUGAAGGCAGGGUAUCAUAAAGAUUUUCUGUUCGAUGAAGAUGGUAAUUGGAUGUUGCAGGGAUGGAAGGGCAGGAUUAUUUAUGGUAGCUCAUGCUGGGUUCCUGCAUAGGAAGGCUGUAUUCUAUUUUGAACUAAAAGGGGGACAAACGUAAUUCCUUAGCAAGACUAGAGAUGAUCUAAUGAUUCACCAGCAUUCUUUCAGAGGAUACUUGUGGAUUAGACAGAUUCGUGAGAUUCACUAAUGUAACCAGAUCUUGAGGUUUUACUCUCAAAACCAUGUUCAUAUGGUAUGGAUUAUGGCCCCGAAUUUACUCUGCAGAGCAGGAAUUUUAAUAUAUUUCAAAUUUCUCUCGUUCAAGAUGGCGCAAAGUUACUAUUAAUACCAGCAGCAUUACUUGAUUAGUUUGCUUGACUAUGAAUGUGUUACUAUAUGGCAUGGUGGGUUCCUUUUCUUGUAUAAUUAUUGUCAGAUUGUAGUUUUAAGUGGACUAUAUACAUAAUAGCGUGACUUUAUAAGCCAUCUUUGUAGUGUUCCCUGUUUCUGGUAUGGUUUAAAUUUCUGUAUGUGCUCGACUGUUAUAGCCUUAUAGUACAUUAACAUACUUCUUAAGAGCAUGUUUGGUUGGACUUAUAAGUUGUUUUUCUAGAAGUUCUGUUA